AUGAAAGAAGCUAACACCACACCACUGACCCACCACCUGGCCAAAGCUCUUAUCCCUCAAAAGUGUCUCGUUCCAGCAUUCGAAUGUUACGACGGAUCAAGCGACCCUGCAGCUCAUCUUCGGUACUAUACUCGCAUCUUAGCCCGAUGGGAGAAAAACGAUGCAGUCCUCUGCAGAUAUUUUCCUUCAAGUCUAAAAGGAUCGGCACUAUCUUGGUUUGACAACCUACCGCCCAACUCCAUCGAUUCCUACAUCCAGCUCACUGAGAAAUUCUUAAGAACGUACAUGUAUAACAAGGCUGUCAAUGCCGGGAUGGACAAGCUCUUUUCGCUGGAAAUAACUUACAAGGAUACAGUCAGGGAAUAUACCGACAGAUGGCACAAGAUUUAUCAAGCUAUAGUGAACAUAGAUCCAUUGGUUAGCAUUAAUUGUUACAAGUGGGGUUUAGAUAGGAUGAGCCCACUAUUCGUCGAGAUCCAUGGAAGUGUGCCAACAACCGAAGGAUAUCUUCGAAUCAUCAUCGAGAAGCAUGCCCGUUUGGAAGAAAUUCAGCGAGAAAAUCCAAGGGCUCAAAUGCAGAGAUCGCAUCUCACCAACUCAGUGGAACAAGUCAGCGGAUCCAAAAGGAGUAACUCAGCGGAACGUCCACGCGAAGAUGGUAGAGGGAGAAGAGAUGAUCGUCGGCGUGAUGAUCGUAAAUUCGAAGACCAAGUCUUCACAAAGUUGAAUACCAACUACACUCGCAUCCUACGAGAAAUCAAGGAUCGAGAAGGCCUGGAAUGGCCUUGGUCGAAAGGGAAGCAGCCUCCGAGAUCAGAAAAAUCAAGGGAUUACUGCGAGUACCACUGCUUCAACGGGUACCAAACCGAGAAAUGCAAGAAUCUCAAAAUAAUGAUCGAGAAGUUGAUUAUUGUGGACCACUACUACGAUGUUUAUCAAGAGAGGAAGGGAAUCGUAUUUUGA